AUGAUAAGCAGACAGGAGUACACUGAGUGUCGGGAUCGACAUGCUGUGGUAACGUGUUGGGAAACUAGCCCUGGGGGUUUAGCGCCAGGUAAAUUGCUCCCUCCUAGUGGCGGGAUAUGCUUGACCAUCCAGGACCAGGUAACAAUAUCCCCUGAUAGCUCCCAAACCGUAUCAACAGGGAUAGGGGUCCAGAUACCUGACCAACAUGUGGGUUUCAUAGUUCCAAUGCCCUCUCUCAUAGCCAGAGGUAUUAGCAUAGUGGAAAAAACGCUAGACCCUGGAAGAACUGAGGAAGUGAAGCUCACCCUCCUCAAUAGAGGAAAGGAACAGGGAGACAUGUCAACCUUAGAAGUAGUAGCAAAGCUUAUAGUUACUCCCACCUGCAACAGUUAG